AGCCUGCCAUGGGAAAACACUGUUUUGGCUACGCCUUAAGCCUCUCCAUUGUUGUCUCACUAGCACUCAUUGCCUUUGUCUCGUGUGUAGCUGCAGAAUUGCACAGAACAAAGACGAAAGACCUCAAGUUGGAUGGGAAGUUAUGCUAUUUGCCAGAAAGUCAAGCAUUUGGAUAUGGGGUUGCAGCUUUGGCCUGUUUGGUUAUGGCUCAAGUUAUUGGGAAUAUUUUACUUUGCACGAGUUGCAGUAUCAAUUCAAGAGAGAAGAAGAGAAGUGAACAACCUCCUAAAAGACCAAAUUUAGCCACAUUUUUUCUUGUUGUUUCAUGGGCAAGCUUUACCGUGGUGAUAUUGCUACUGAUUGCGGCGUCGAGUAUGAGCAGACAGCAGCCGUACGCAACGGGAUGGUUGGGCGGAGAGUGCUACUUGGUGAAAAGCGGUGUAUACGUCGCCGCAGCAAUUCUAAUCCUCAUCUCGAUAUGCACAACCGUAGGCUCAGCCGUAACAGUUCGAAUGAACGAAUCCAGAAAAUCUACCACGCUUCCAAAAUGAGAAAAAAAAAAAAAAAGGCUCAAAGAGUAGAGAAAAAUAAAGGCGUGGCAACGGCAACGGCAAUGGCAACGGCGGCGAUCGGCAGCCUGCAGCAAAAAGCUCCGGGUUGCUAUGCUCGUGUGAUGGUGCCUCAGCCGAAAGGGCUGUUGCUCGGGUUCACAAUUUUUAAUUCGGUGAAAAUAACACUUCAAAAAUACUUUCGUGUCCUCAAAAUUUAAGAAAAUUAAUCCUCUUAGGUAGAAAAUAAAUUUGAAAUCUAGCAAUUUAAUUAAGGUUGCUUUCUUCAGGGUAUGUGUUUGAUUCUAAUUUUAUUUCCUUGGGUGUGAAGUGAGGUUUAGAGA